AUGAGUGCCCUACGAUCCUCGGUCGCGAGAAUCCUCCGCCUUCAACAACAACACGCUACACGUCCAUCCGGUCUUUCUCGGCCACUCUUCUACCGACAAUUUCACGCCUCUCAACGAUCACACGUCGUGAAGCCUUUCCUGCUCGCAGACAUUGGCGAGGGCAUCACAGAAUGCCAGCUGAUACAAUGGUUCGUCCAACCCGGAGCUCGCGUGGAGCAGUUCGACAAGCUGUGCGAGGUGCAGUCCGAUAAAGCCAGCGUGGAGAUUACCAGUCCAUUCGAUGGUGUAAUCAAGAAGCUGCACUAUGAGCCAGACGAUAUGGCGAUCACGGGAAAAGCGUUGGUGGAUAUCGAUAUUCAAGGCGAGUUGAGCGAGGCGGAUGAGGCGAAGCUCGGAGGAGGUGAAGGAGAGGGAAGCUCCAGCACAGAUACGAAGGCGGAGACUUCAGCGGACGCAGAGGAUGCAGUGAAACAGCAGGAGCAAGAAGCGGAAGGGUCACAGCAAGAGAGAGUACCAGAAUCGAGGACAAAUGGCAAACCUGAGCAUUCAUCACGCCCGAGCAAGGGCAACAUGGGUGCUCUCGCAACGCCGGCGGUCAGGCAUUUGACGAAGGAGUUCAAGGUCGACAUCGCAAAUAUCGAAGGCACAGGGAAGGAUGGCAGAGUACUGAAAGAGGAUGUUCAUAAGUUUGUCUCGGAGAGGGAGGAGAAGCAACAGCAGGCAACCACCAUUGCGACGACAGCAAGCACAGAAGAGGACCGCAAAAUCGCCCUCACGCCGGUUCAAAACCAAAUGUUCAAGACCAUGACCCGAUCGCUCAACAUCCCUCACUUCCUCUACACCUGCUCAGCAGACAUGACGGCUGUCACGACAAUGCGAAAGAGGAUCAAGAAGACCUCCGACCAGAAAAUCACACACCUCGCAUUCAUCAUGAAGGCAUUGAGCUUGUCGCUGUUGAAACACCCGCUGUUGAACGCUUCGCUAGAUACGAAGGACCCGAAGAAGCCGGUGUUGACCUACAAAGGCAAACACAACUUCGGCAUCGCGGUUGAUACGCCAGCUGGACUGGUAGUGCCGGUCGUUCAUAAUGUGCAGGAUUUGAGUAUCUCUGCUAUUGCAGCGAGGAUGAAGGAGCUGGGCGAGGCAGCAAAGAAUAACAAGCUGUCGCCUGGAGAUUUCAAGGGAGCAACGUUCACGGUAUCGAACAUCGGUUCGGUAGGAGGAGGAGUUGUUUCGCCGGUAAUCUCAGAGCCGCAAGUCGCGAUUCUCGGAGUAGGCAGGUCGAAAGUUGUGCCGGCUUUCAACGAGCACGACGAGCUCGUCAAGAAGGAGGAGCUCGUGCUCAGUUGGAGUGCUGAUCAUCGCGUUGUUGAUGGAGCAGAGUGUGCGAGAUGCGCCGAGCGGGUCAGGAUGUUGCUGGAAGAUCCCGGUGCUAUGAUGCUGGAGAUGCGAUAA